AUGGAGCCGGAAGAGGGGACACCCUUGUGGCGGCUGCAGAAGUUGCCGACCGAGCGUGGCCUGCAGCUACUUCACAAAAUAAUUGAUGGUAUAUGUGGCCGGACUUAUCCUCUCCACCAGGAUUAUCAAAGUGUAUGGGAUUCGGAUGAAUGGACACAUGUUCUCGAGGAUGUUACCACAUUUUUUAAAGUGGUAGUGGGUAGGAACUUACCUGAUGAAGAGGUAUCUCAACAGUUGAAUAAAUUGAAUUCACCUCAUGAAGAAGCUCUCAUGAAAUGCUUGAAAAGCAGAAAAGAUGAAAUCAGGAAGACUCUAUUAGGAGAAAUAGUUGACAUUUCCUCUGCACAGCUUCAGGAUUUUGAUUGGCAGUUGAAGCUUGCACUUUCUAGUGACAAGAUCGCUACACUACAGAUGCCACUUGUGAACCUUCAUCUCGAUGUGAAAGAAAAUGGUGAAGUCAAACCAUAUUCUGUUGAAAUGAGUAAAGAAGAGCUGCAGAAUCUAAUAAAUUCUUUGGAAGCAGCUAAUAAGUGUCAGGUCCACAUGCCUAAACUAGUAGUUAAAACAUUGUCUUUCAGUGUUGGAGGCUCAGUGUUGGAAGGGGAGUAUGACAUGAUUUCAUAUAAAUGA